GAUCGAUAAACCCGCGGUCACACUGACAGCAUUUUGGCGGGAUUAUUUUCGCGACGCUCUACAAAACCGAAUUCGUGCAGCUGCAAAUCCACAGUUUACUCUCAUUUAAACAAUUGAAACAAAACAAAAUGGCUCGUCGUGACUAUGCCCAGGACAGAGAAUCCAUCAAAACCUUCCUGUCGGAGUUUUGCAAGUGCGACGAUGACGGCAAGAAGCAGUUUGUGUAUGGCUCGCAGCUGGUGAAGCUGGCACAUCGAGAGCAAGUUCUGAUCACCAUUGAUCUGGACGAUCUGUCCGAGUUCAAUGAGAGCCUGGCCGAGGCGGUGAUCGACAACUGCAGACGCUACGCGGGCAUCUUCAGCGAUGUGAUUGCCGAGCUGCUGCCCAGCUACAAGCAGCAGGAGGUGCACGCAAAGGACGCCCUAGAUGUGUACAUUGAACAUCGCUUGAUGAUGGACGCCCGCGUGCGAAAUCCCAUGGAGCAGCGCGACGAACGCAACAGCUUCCCCGCCGAGCUGAUGAAACGAUUCGAGGUGGGCUUCAAGCCACUGUCCACGGAGAAGGCGCAUUCCAUCCGUGAGGUAAAGGCUCAGCACAUUGGCAAGCUGACGACUGUCCGUGGCAUUGUGACGCGCUGCACGGAGGUGAAGCCCAUGAUGGUCGUGGCCACAUACACUUGCGAUCGCUGUGGCUCCGAGACCUAUCAGCCAGUGAGCUCGCUCUCCUUCACGCCCGUCCACGAUUGCCCCUCGGACGAUUGCCGCGUGAACAAGGCCGCCGGUCGCCUGUACUUGCAGACGCGCGGCUCCAAGUUCGUCAAGUUUCAGGAGCUGAAGAUGCAGGAGCACAGCGACCAAGUGCCCGUCGGACACAUUCCGCGCAGCAUGACGGUGCUCUGCCGCGGCGAGGUCACGCGCAUGGCCCAGCCCGGUGAUCACGUUGUUGUCUCGGGCGUGUUCUUGCCUUUGGUGCGCAGCGGAUUUGCCCAGAUGAUCCAGGGACUGCUCUCGGAGACAUAUCUGCAAGCACACCGCAUAAUUUGCAUCAACAAAAAUGAUGACAUAUCGGACAAGGAGGCCGAGCUAACGCCCGACGAGCUGGAGGAGCUGGCCCAGGAUGAUUUCUAUGAGCGUCUGGCCACCAGCUUGGCCCCUGAAAUCUACGGCCACUUGGACGUGAAGAAGGCGCUGCUGCUGCUGCUGGUGGGUGGUGUGGACAAGCGCCCGGACGGCAUGAAGAUUCGUGGCAACAUCAACAUCUGUUUGAUGGGAGAUCCUGGCGUGGCCAAGUCGCAGCUGCUGGGCUACAUUAGUCGCCUGGCCUUGCGCUCGCAGUACACCACAGGCCGUGGCUCCUCGGGCGUGGGUCUGACGGCUGCCGUGAUGAAGGAUCCCCUCACUGGCGAGAUGAUGCUUGAGGGCGGGGCCCUGGUGCUGGCCGAUCAGGGCGUUUGCUGCAUCGACGAGUUCGACAAGAUGGCGGACACCGAUCGUACAGCCAUCCACGAAGUGAUGGAACAGCAGACCAUCUCCAUUGCCAAGGCGGGCAUCAUGACCACGCUGAAUGCUCGCGUCUCCAUUCUGGCCGCUGCCAAUCCCGCCUUUGGCCGCUACAAUCCUCGUCGCACGGUGGAACAGAACAUCCAGCUGCCCGCCGCUCUGCUCUCGCGUUUCGAUCUGCUGUGGCUCAUCCAGGACAAGCCGGACCGCGACAACGAUCUGCGCCUGGCCAAGCACAUCACCUACGUGCACUGCCACAGCCGGCAGCCACCGUCGAGGGUGAAGUCGCUGGACAUGCAUCUCAUGCGUCGCUACAUCAAUCUCUGCAAGCGCAAGAACCCCACCAUUCCGGACGAGCUCACCGACUACAUUGUGGGCGCUUAUGUGGAGCUGCGUCGCGAGGCGCGCAACCAGAAGGACAUGACCUUCACCUCGGCACGUAAUCUGCUCGGAAUUCUGCGCCUCUCCACGGCCCUCGCUCGUCUGCGUCUCUCCGAUCGCGUGGAGAAGGACGAUGUGGCGGAGGCUCUGCGGCUGCUGGAGAUGUCAAAGGAUUCGCUCAACCAGACGCACGAACACCAAAAGGGACAUGUGCCAAAUACAUCGGAUCGCAUCUUUGCCAUCGUGCGGGAGUUGGCUGGCUCGGGCAAGUCCGUGCGGAUUGGCGACAUCAUGGAUCGUUGUAUGACAAAGGGCUUCAAACCCGAUCAAGUGGACAAAUGCAUCGACGACUACGAGGAGCUGAAUGUCUGGCAGGUAAACAUGGGACGCACAAAGAUAACGUUCAUGUAAAUCGGCCGAUCAGAGACUUAAGCCUUCUCCUAGUUCAUUUUUAUAUUUCUAUCCCUAGUUGAUACGUUUUCUAUUUUGAUUAAUUUUAUAAUCGUUCCGUUAACAUUUCACGUUCUCAUAUCUUACCAUCAAUCAUUAAUCAUUCACGUAAAUAAAUAAGAAAUAUUUUAUUAA